AUGAUCCAUUUACUCCGGUCGAAAUAUUCUAGGGAAGAUCCUUCGUCGAGAGUGGUCGAUGCAAACAACGACCCAAUGAUCGAGGUAGACUAUAGCUCAGGUGGUACGGGAAUGGACGUUGGAUCCUUCGUUACGCAUCAGUACCAGAAGAAGAAAAAGAAAAGAACUUCAGAUGCCAAAAAGAUGUUACUACCGUACGUGCUGCUUUUACUACCCUUUUUCGUCACAGCGCAAGAAUCGCAAUCAAUGAAUACGCUGGAUCGAGAGACGCUACGUAACAACGGUUCUAAAGAUGUUUUAGAUCGAAUCGGUGAAAGCUUUAUAAAUGCCGUUGAUGCAUUUUUUCCUGGUUCGAAAUUGUACAAUAAUACAGAAGAAGGUAAAAAAAUAAAGUCCAAGCUCGGCAAAUAUAUUAUACCUUUGAUCAUUGGAGUUUUAUUAAUAAAAUCAAUUCUAUUGCCUCUGACAUUGAAGACACUGGCUGUUUUAAGUGGAAAAGCCGUUGUGCUGAGUUUGAUGAGUUUGAUACUGGCAGCCAUAGUCGGAUUGAAAAAAGCCGCUCAGGAAGCUAGCUACGAAAUGAACAAGUAUAGGCGACAAGAUAAAUAUGAUUUUAUCGAUAAUGCACAGGAGUUUGAGCCUUAUCGAAUUUACAAAGAACGACGUAAAAAGAAGUGA